AACGAACUCCAGUAGCAUUGGUCAGGAGAGAAGGAGGGUCCAGUUAAAGAAAAUAAGCCAGUGGGAACAGAUUCUUUAUGCACGAUGCCUUCAUUUCUCUGGACACUGUAAUCUCAUAUUGCGCACAUUUACGCACGUUAGUGUUGCACUUUGUAUUGCGUCGUUUAUCAUUCUAGCCAGGAAGCACAAGCUUCUGCCUGAAACGUCACGGUGUUUUCCACGCGCUGUGACUAUUAUACCGGACAUUAUUGGAGACAUGAUGUAUCCAUAUUUAGUGAAAGUGUUUUUUUUUUCCUCAUGUCGGUAUCAAAUGUCGCGUAAUUGUUGAAACGCAUAGGCCACAGCGCCUUUUUGGGCACAACAUGGCAUAUGCUGACUAGUUAGGCACGGACAAGUUUCGAUUCCUAAACGCGGAUAGCUCCAACGACCGAAAUGGAGAUGAGUUGUGAGCGAAUAAGCGACCACAAACAAGAAAACAAACCAAAUGGCUGUCUGGAGAGGACAUUUUCGACUCUCACGGUGGACGAUGUGUAUGAAAUUGCCAAACUUAUUGGAUCCGAAGUGGAAAAACUUAUUGACGGUUAUGGUAAAGACAGUGCCGAGGGUCUAGUUCCUAAAAUUGUUAAAGUAUUAGAGCUACUGGAAAGCUUUGCUGCGAGAAAUCAUGCUCUUAAAUCAAGAGAGGAGGAACUGUUAAAGGCAUUUGAGACGCUACAGGUUCAACAACAGAAGAAACAACGCGGGAUCAAAGAAUGUGAGGAAGGCAACAACACUGAAAUACUGGAGUGGCAGCAGAAGGAGACAAAGUGGCAGAAACAGAUGGAGGAGCUGCAGGAGCAGGUGCACCAGCUGCAGGAGGAGAACAAGGAGCUGCUGGGCCAACUCCGGUGCACCCACUCUCAAGAAGACCGUGUGCAGCGUCAGGAGCGUGAGGUCAUGUUGAAGCUGAAAGAGGUGGUGGACAAACAGCGAGAUGAGAUCCGUGCAAAAGCUCAGGAGAUAGCCUCAGUGUCCAAGGAGGGGGAGGCGUUGCAGGAGCAGUUGGACCGCUUCAUGAAGAUGAACAGCGAGCUGCGGCACAAGCAGAGCGUCAUGCAGGCGCAGCUGAAGAGCGCCGUGGAGCGCAAGGCCGACAUGGAGGCAGACCUGUGUGAGAAGCAGAAGGAGAUUGAGCGCCUUGCCACCCAGCUGGACAAGGCCAGCGCCAACAUGUCCCCCUUAUCAACGCCAACUAUCGAUCUCACUGACAAGAUGAUCAUUGAUCUCAAGGACCCCAACCGGCCAUGCUUCACCAAACAGGAAGUGAGGGACAUGAUUUUUGAGCGCAACGAGCUGAAGGCCAAUCUCUUCCUGGUUCAGGAGGAGCUGUCCUACUACCAGAGGGAAAUCUUGAAUGAUGAGAGGUGCCCAGGCUUCUUGCUGGCUGCAGUGCGCUCUGCCAUAAAGAAGCAGAGAACUGUCAUCAAGGCCAAAAUGUUGGGGGUCCACGUAGACGACUGCAGUAGUGAUGAGGAGGAUAAAGGUCCAUUGUUUGAGAACAAGGACGCAGACAAUGAUGGAGAUUGUACUGACAGUAGACCUCCAGAAUCUCGCAUAAGAAACCUGUUUGGUUUCCUGACCCGGUCGGGCAGCUACAACAAGAGCCCCAGCCCUAACAACGCCGGCUCGUCCUGGGAAAUAAUCGUCCCAGAAGACACGGAGCCUGAGGCAGGAGCCGAGCCUCGCCGCUCACCCUGACACCCUCCACUCUCUCCUCCUCCACCCCUUCCUCUGCCUGUUCUGUGGGGUCCACCGUAAUGUCCUAUCCAACACACUCUGGUUAGACACUGCAGGCAAGACGUGGGCCUAUGCUAUUCAAGGACUACAGUACACAAAAAAAAAAUGGACUCGGCUUUUUGUAAAACCUUUUUUUUGAAAGGUUGGUUUCUGUUGUCAAUCUGGUUUUCCACUAUUACUGACAUGGGCAGUAUUUCAGGGGAUUGUGAUUCCCUGUUGGUUAUUCUGAAUGAUUUUAUGAUGGUGUAGUUGUUGUUCGACAUACAUUUGGUAUUUACAACAAAAGUGUAUAUACUAUAUAUUUGUUUUUUAAGUCUGCUCAAAUUUUAGCAGCUAUUUUUGUAGACAUAUUUUAUUACAAACAUUAACCAAAGAUUCAAACAAGCAUUGAGAGCAAACAUUUCUAACUGCAGGUGUCAUAACUGGACACAAGGGGGCAUUGAAGCAAUAUAUUUUUGACACUGUAAAUGUAACAUGUCUUCGAAAGACAUUUAAAUUUAACAUCUAAUCAGUCUAACCCAAGGCCAUUUAUAUUAGCACAUGUAAAACCAUGAGCAGUAUAUAUAUAUACCAUAUGUGUUUGUCAGUAUGCACUUUGUGAUGCCCUCCUGCCAAAAUGUACAAAUUUAGUUAUCUCCAGUACUGUUCUUUUAACUGGAACUCUGUCCUUGAUGAUGCCCCUCCGCGUUCUGUGUUUAAGGUGCAGUGUAGUUUUUGUUGUCAACAACUGAAAGUGCUUUUGGACUUACUAUAAUGAUAAUCUGGAGAAGACCACAAAUAUGAUGUCAGUUAAAAACUACUGUAAAUUGCAUGCAUUUCUGUUAAAUGUGUUUACUUAAAAAAUGCAAGUAAAUGCACUAAAACUUCAACAGCAGACACAAGAAGAGUGCAUAAGUGAGCAUCAAUUUUGAAUCAUCUUAUCAUAAUUUCAUCAUUUGUUGUAGGCUCCGAAGCUCUUUUCCUUUUCUUGACAACUGUUGAACAUGUGACACCUUUAACAUGGUUGGUGUACAAACAUGAUUCCAUGUUGUAAGUGAGUUUUGUCAAUAGGGCAUUAGCCUCCUCUCUAGCUAGCGGUGGGCUGCGCUUCCUUUAGGUUUAGUGUGUGUAUGUGAGGGAGAGAGCGAGAGGAAGUGUGUGUUUCCUUUAGGGGGAAAUGAGAGCUCACACGUGUGGCCUCAGACAUCAGUAAGAGAAGGGCAAGAUCAUAACUUCACAUUCCCCCCUCCUUCGAACUUCAGUGGUAUUCACCAAUGACAAAAUAUGCAUAUAAACGUAUAGAUUAUUGUACAGGUCUCUCAGUGGAGACGAUGUGUGCCAGCAAGGAUAUGUUUCCUUAAUGUUUUAUUUUUGUAAGCAUGUUUGUUUUCAUGGGGAACCUUUGUGGUACAAAACCAAAUAAAAUUUUGAAAUGGAUUUCCAUA